AUGCGUUGCAAGGGUUCUCCUCUCGUUCGUUUCGCGGCGGCGUCCAGGACAUUCCAGGCAUCCAUCGACACCGGCAGGCAUGCCGCUUCCGCCAGCGAUGUCAGUGGGGAACACGCAAAGCUGCUGGGCGCACCCGUCGACCAAACCAUCCUGGCCUCGAUCCACUCGCGGUACACGCACUUUGCCUGGGCGACCUCCCCGCGGAAGCAGGGCGGUCUCGGCCUCAAGCUCCCACCCUUCGCGGACCACAACACGUCCAUCUCGCGCGAGGACGAGGGCAUCGCCCUCCACGCGCCCUUCAUCAUCAACCCCGGUAACGUCGUCAUGUACGUCCGCAGCGGGGUGGCACGGGUCCGUGGAUCGCGCCGGAUCGGCGAGCAGAGCGGAAUCAACCAGGUCGCCCAGAUGAAGGCUGAAGUGGACCGCUGCGACGAGAACCUCAGCUACCUCGCAGCCGGUCUCCUUCCCCUGCUGCAGCGCCGUGACGGAGGCGACAAGGUCCGGAAUCCGGUCCCAGGACCCCAAGCGGUCGCUGAAUGGUAG